AAUUAAUGACAGAUUUUUAUUUUGGGUGAACAAACCCUUUAAUGGUCAUAAGUGUUGGAGGACACAUUGCACAAACAUUGUGAAUAGAGCUAAAGAUAAACUAAUCAUGAUUAACAAUUAACUGUACUACUUUUUAUCUGAAGCAAUAUAGAUAAAAGUACAAAGACAGUAAAUCAGGACACUAUAAAAAGAGCAUGAGGGGCUGUGGGGAUGACAGAACAAGAGCUAAAGAAUGAAGUGUUUGGUAUGUACACUGCUGCUGUUGGAAAGCUUUGUGCUUGCUGUACAGCAGCAGGUAGAUGGAGGACUCACUGAAAAUGAGAUCAGCCAACAGCUCAGCAAUGAGGACAGAAGACCGAAUCUGAUAGCUGAAGCUUCAACUGACAGCCAACAAUACUGCCAUGUGAGCUUCUCUGACAUCCAUGCAGCACUGAGAGAACUGACCACCACCGUUACAGAGCAGAAAGCCAACAUAAGAGCCUUAGAGACGCAACUGAGGGAACAACAGACAUUUAUCCUGGAAGAACUAAACAAAAAAAAUGAUGCCUUAGAGACGCAACUGAGGGAACAACAGACAUUCAUCCUGGAAGAGCUGAACAAGAGAAAUGAUGAAAUGUCAAAUCUUACUCAGAGUCAAGUGGAGGAGUUGAGAAAGGAAAAUAGAGACAGAGAGAUAGCGUUUUCAGCUUCACUAUUGCAAUCUGGAAACGGUGGAAAUGUCGGUCCUUUUACUACUGAAAUCACACUAACCUACAAGAACGUCUUCACAAACAUAGGGAACGCCUACAACCCAAUUACAGGUGUUUUCACAGCACCACUGAAAGGAGCGUACAUGUUCAGAAUCUCUGUCUAUGGUAAUACUGCUCUAUCAAAUCCAUCAACUAUUUACCUUAUGAAGAAUGAAGAGCAUGUGGUUAUAGCACAUGGAGAUCAGUCUCAGGGUGUAUUAAACUCCUCGAAUGGAGCUGUGUUGAUCCUGGAGGUUGGAGAUGUCGUCUAUGUGAGACUUUGGUCUGGCAGGAGAAUAUACGAUGAUGGCGAAAACCACAGCACAUUCAGCGGUUACCUGCUGUUUCCCUUAAGAGAACAGGAGCUUUGCAAAAUGUGAUUUCAAUUAUUCUGAACC